AUGGCUCUAGCGGAGAGAAAGAGGGCGAGGAGUGUCGACUUGCCUCCUACCCCACCAGACUCAGAACACAGUGAUGAAGAGAGAUUGGAGCUUGAACUGUCACGAACAUCGUCAAAGGAGCAAUACCCACUACCACCGCCAACCAAAGAACCAACCCAGAUCCUCAAAGAGGAUGAGAAGACACCCGACAGUUGGCUACCACGAGAUCCACGCUUGAUACGAUUGACAGGAGCCCACCCCUUCAAUGUCGAAGCACCACUCACUGAUCUCUUCGACGAGGGCUUCCUCACCAGCCCCGAAUUAUUCUACGUCCGAAACCACGGCCCCGUGCCACAAGUCCAGGACGAAGAGAUUCCCGAUUGGGAGUUCAGCGUGGAGGGGCUCGUAGAGCACCCUUUUACCCUCAACCUCCGCCAGCUCAUCGAGGACUACGAGCAACGCACCUACCCCAUCACUCUCGUAUGCGCCGGCAACAGACGCAAAGAGCAGAAUGCUGUGCGAAAAUCAAAAGGGUUCUCUUGGGGCCCGGCCGGAGUCUCGACGGCGCUGUGGACUGGCGUACCCAUGGCAGAAGUGAUUCGCAAGGCGAAGCCCAAGCGUGGCGCUCGCUUCGUAUGCAUGGAGGGCGCCGACGAGCUUCCUAAUGGAAAUUACGGCACAUCCGUCAAGCUGAACUGGGUCAUGGAUCCGAACAAAGGCAUGAUUCUCGCCCAUCGCAUGAACGGUGAGGUGCUGCGACCCGAUCAUGGGAAGCCGUUACGCGUCGUCAUCCCAGGGCAGAUUGGCGGAAGGAGCGUAAAGUGGUUGAAGCGACUCAUCAUCACGAAAGACCCGAGUGAUAAUUGGUAUCACAUCUACGACAAUCGCGUCCUCCCCACCAUGGUAUCGCCUGAUGAUGCGGCGAACGACAAGUCGUGGUGGACGGAUGAGCGAUAUGCAAUCUACGACCUCAACACCAAUUCUGCCAUUGCAUACCCUGCGCACGAUGAGCGGUUGAAGAUUGGAGAGCCCGAGGCGACCUACACACUCCGAGGCUAUGCAUACGGAGGAGGUGGCCGACGUGUGACUCGAGUGGAAAUCACGCUCGACAAAGGCAAGACGUGGAGAUUAGCGGACAUUGACUAUGCAGAAGACCGAUACAAGGAAGCCGGGAGGCAGAAGUUGUGUGACGGAACACUGGACAUCGAAAACCAAGAAGCGAGUUUCUGCUGGUGUUUCUGGAGGCUCGAUAUUGCCGUUGGCGAGCUCGCAGCUGCAGCUGAUGUGUUUGCUCGUGCAAUGGACGAGAGUAUGAAUGUGCAGCCUCGCGACUUGUACUGGUCGGUCUUGGGAAUGAUGAACAAUCCCUGGUUCCGAAUAGUCAUACAUCGAGAAGAGGAGGAGCUUCGAUUCGAGCAUCCGACACAGCCUGCAUUGAUGCCAGGUGGAUGGAUGGAGCGGGUGAAAAAGGCUGGCGGCGAUCUUACGAAUGGUCGCUGGGGUGAAUUGGCUGACGGCGAGCACGAGACUGAGCGUGCUGUUGAGGAAGUGCAAGAGAUCAAGAUGACGAAUGACGAGGUGGUGGACACGAUCACGAUUGAAGAGCUCCGCAAGCACGAUCAAGAUCAGAAUCCGUGGUUCGUCCUCGAUGGUGAAGUUUACGACGGGACUGCAUUCUUGAAUGAGCAUCCUGGCGGCGCUCAAAGCAUCGUCUCCGUCGCUGCUACUGACUGCACGGACGAAUUCAUGGCUAUUCGCAACGAAACAGCAAAAGCAAUGAUGAAAGACUACCAUAUUGGCUCAUUGGACGAAGCCGGCAUAUCAGCCCUUACGUCAGACAAUGAAGCAUCACCAAGCGACACGGCAGCAACACCCACCUUUCUCAACCCACGCUCAUGGAAGAAAGCAACUCUGCACUCCAACACCUCCGUUUCCCCCGACACUCGCAUCUUCACCUUCCAACUCGACCACGAAGACCAAACUCUGGGCCUCCCAAUCGGCCAACAUCUCAUGAUCCGACUCGCCGAUUCAAAGUCCAAAAACAAAGAGACUUUGAUCCGCGCUUACACCCCCAUCUCCCCACCGACAAAACGAGGCUUCAUGGAAGUGCUCGUCAAAGUCUACUUCGACUCCCCAUCACAUCCUUCUGGCGGUCGCAUGAGUCAAGCGCUGGACUCCCUAUCGACUGGCGGCACGGUCGAGUUCAAAGGGCCCUUGGGCAAAUUUCAGUACCACGGCGAAGGCGAGUGUAGCGUCAAUGGUACAAAGCGACACGUAGACGAGUUCAUCAUGAUCACUGGGGGCAGUGGUAUCACACCCAUCUAUCAGAUCUUGGCGGCUGUCAUGGAGGAUGCGAAAGAUGAGACUAGAUGUACCGUUUUGGAUGGAAAUCGGGGAUUGGAGGACAUUUUGUGCAAAGAACAGUUGGAUGGGUUGGUGGAGAAGAGUGCAGAGCGAUGCAGGGUUGUGCAUACUCUGACCAAGGGUCCAGAUGAGUGGGAAGGAUUGAGAGGAAGGAUUGAAGGGCCACUGUUGAAGCAGUACUGUGGGAGGGAGGUGAAUGGGGCGCAGAGAAAAGCGAUGGUGCUGAUCUGUGGACCGGAAGGAUUGGAGAAGAGCGUAUAUGAGGUGUUGAAAGGAGACGGAUGGAGAGAUGAGGAUGUGGUAUUUUUUUGAGAUAGCUAUCGUUGUAGCCAACGACGUGUGACCAGG